AUCUCAAGGGACAACCACCUUUGAAGCAUGAGCUCCCAGCAGCAGAAGCAACCUUGCACCCCACCCCCUCAGGUUCAGCAGCACCAAGUGAAACAGCCUUGCCAGCCUCCACCCCAAGAACCCUGUGUCCCCAAAACCAAGGAGCCAUGCCACCCCAAGGUGCCUGAGCCUUGCCACCCCAAUGUGCCUGAGCCCUGCCACCCCAAUGUGCCUGAGCCCUGCCACCCCAAGGUACCAGAGCCCUGCCCCUCAACAGUUACUCCAGCACCAACCCAGCAGAAGACCAAGCAGAAGUAAAGGGGAGCACAGCCAUGCCCUGG